AUGAGACCCUCUACUGCUGCCGUUGUUGUCUUCCGCUUGUGGUCGUUACUAGGUCUUAAUACUAUCGUGGUUACGCAGCGUACCAAUGGAGGUUAUCGCCCAGAAAACCUAUCACCCUGUGCACUGGCAUGUCUACAAGGCGCCGUUCCUAUUUCCCGCUGCGAGAUUUCUGACAUUGAAUGUCAGUGUGAAGAUAAAGAGUUCAUCAAGCACGCCUCAGCCUGUGCGGUGAAAACCUGUAAACUAGAGGACCUGAUGCAACUAGUCCGAGGGGAUGCUACGCAAUGCAACCGGUCCGACACAAAUCAUCAAAACCUGAUGAUCGCGCUAGCUAUCACUACACCAACACUCACCUUUACAGCGAUAGUCUUACGUAUCUUGUCCAGGCUGUGGACAGUCCGUAAGCUAUGGUGGGAUGACUGGAUGCAUAUACUCGCAGGGGUAUUCGCAAUACCCCUAAGCAUUUUUGGAAACUUCUGUGUUAGUCAAGGAUUCGGACGUCACCUCUAUGAUAUCAAAGUCGAAUCCCUCACCCAGAUAACCGACCUCUACUUCUGGUGGUACAUGUGCCAGGUCUUCUGGCCAUUCACUGUAUUCUUCGUCAAAAUGUCCAUCCUACUCCUCUACCUCCGCAUCUUUCCAAUCGCCCUGUUCAGGAGGGUCAAUUUCCUCUGCAUCGGCUUCUUAAUUGCAUCCUUCCUCGUCACCACACCGAUGGCAAUCUGGCAAUGCAGACCCCUCCGAGCCGCAUGGGACUACGACAUCGACAACGCCCGGUGUCUAAAUAUCGCAUCCGUAGCCUACGCCAACGCUUCACUAAACAUCAUCACCGAAGUCCUAAUCUUAAUCCUCCCAUUCCCCGUCCUUCGGACACUCCAUGUCUCGCGGAGAAAGAAGGUAGCCCUAAUCUCUGUCUUCAGUGUCGGUACAAUAGUAAUCGGAAUAGCAUCCGCACGCAUGCCCGCGCUCGGCAAAAUGGGAACAUACUACGAUCCCCCCUCUUCCCAAGCUCCUGCGUUCCUGCUUAGCUGCGUCGAGGCAGCCAUGGCGCAUGUCUGUGCCGCUGCCCCGGUUAUCUAUACGGCCAUCGUGCAGAUGAAACGGGCACAUGGGAAGGGCUCGCAGUCGUCGCCUUCUACUUCUCGUGAGGGACAGGCUGGGCCAGAUCAGGUUGGUGGGUCGGAGCACUCGAGGAGGAAAUCCCAGGCGGCGAUCUACUCCUCGUUGCAUAUGUCGGAUGUGGCUAUUAUGGGUCGGGGCUGGAUGCAAAGUCAACGUUGGUCGAGGGGUUCUGCACAUUCGGCUCAUCAUUUGGAGCGUGCUCAUAGUGCUUUUUACUCUGAUCCUGAGUUAGCGGCUAGCCCACGUCCUGGUUUGAUACGUAUGGGUACUAGUCGCGGAAGUUGUGGCUCGACUGGAGGGUUGGCUUUGUUUCCAACCCCUGAGAUAGGUGAUCGGAUCGAGGAAGUCUGA